UUGGUAGUUGGCCAUGAAUAAAAUUAUGGUAAGAUAUAUAUAUUUGUUUGUUACAACAGCUGGAUUAGAAGAAGAAAACGUAAUUACUCUCCUAAUAAAUAAAACAAGAAUAUCAAACUGUUACUGCAAGAUCAGAAAACAAAGGUAACAAAAUCUUGUUCUGGCCUCUCUGCCUACUCUUAAAUACACAACACACCCUUUUCGCUGGUCCAAUCCAUCCAUCCAUCAAUCUCUCUCGACAAAAAAAACAAUGGUUGAGCAAAAGAGAUUCGCUUUGUUCCUAGCGACGUGCGAUUCAACGUUUGUGAAGAAGACAUACGGAGGUUAUUUCAACGUGUUCGUGUCCACAUUUGGCGAAGAAGGAGAGCAAUGGGAUCUCUUCCGGGUGAUCGACGGCGAGUUUCCGGAGGAGAAAGAUCUGGACAAGUACGAUGGUUUCAUUAUCAGUGGUAGUCUCCAUGACGCUUUUGGAGAUGAUGAUUGGAUCAUUAAGCUUUGUUCGAUUUGUCAAAAACUGGACGACAUGAAGAAGAAGGUUCUAGGUAUCUGCUUUGGCCAUCAGAUACUAAAUAGAAUCAAAGGAGGAAAAAUCGGAAGAGCGAGGAGAGGUGCAGACAUGGGACUCAGAAGCAUAACAAUAGCUAAAGACUCGGUGAAACCUGGUGGUUACUUCGGAGACAAGACUCCAAAUUCACUAGCCAUCAUAAAAUGUCACCAAGACGAAGUUUGGGAACUCCCUGAGUCAGCUACGUUGCUUGCUUAUUCAGACAAAUACAACGUCGAGAUGGCCUCCUAUGGAGAUCACCUCCUCUCCAUCCAAGGCCAUCCUGAGUACAACAAAGAGAUUCUCUUCGAGAUCAUCGAUCGUGUUGUCAGUCUGAAGUUGAUGGAGCAAGAUCUUGCGGAUAAGGCCAAAGCAACGAUGGAAGACGCCGAACCAGAUAGGAAACAGUGGCAGACUCUCUGCAAGAACUUUCUGAAAGGAAAAACCAAUCAAAUUUAAGUCUUAAAAUAAACUGAAAACAAUUUCUGUGGAAUGAAUAUUCAGAAUAAAUCAUUUUAUAUUACAAUAUUUUUGGGUAUUAAAAA